AUGUUGAGGUCCGUCAGCAGAGAUAGUUUCACAACAUUAAUAGACCAGGACGACGAUAAUGAGAAUGACGAUUUGCAACUGCAGCAGCAUGAGAACACACAGGAACUUACAUCUGAUUUGAUCUCAUUGAUCUCACAAGAAACAUUGAUUAAUACCAGUAUCCAAAUCAUGAAUCGAAACAUAUCACAAUUCUACAAACACUAUGAAUUACCAUUAAUACUGAGUUAUUUGCAUACAGGGGUUAGUUUGUAUCUAAGUUUGCAGGAUCUUCUCGAUAACAAACCACCCAUCCUAACGAGAACACUGUCCAUGAUGAAUUUCAAUAAUUUAUUACGACGACCAUUUAGAAAUUCUUCAUUUUUGACUAUACACAAGCAUGACUACAUGAACAAUAAGUUUGAAUUUUGCCAUGUCGAUUUCAAAAUACACUCUAACCAUAUUACAUACUAUAUUUUGAAGUUCCCAACAUUAGAUAAAACAGUCUACUUAAUUAACAACAAUAGCUCUAAACCUACUGUUGAUUUCGAGUACAAAAAAACAUGCUUUAGGAUUACAGGUGUGACAGGUACAACUUCAGUGAUUGGAGUAUCACCAGAGAUAAAGUUAUAUGUAAUGAAUCCCAAUUCCAAGAAUUUAUUGACCUAUAAUACGACUGUAUCGAAUGGCAAAAAGCUCCAGAUAAAUAAUAGUUUGAGCAAAUUAGUUAAUAGUCAAGACCAGCCGCGAAUAAACGAGAUGUUGAAGAAUGAGAAGCCAGUAAUUAGCAUUCCCAUGGGCAGAUAUUUAGAUCAAGGGGAUGUCAAAUUGAAGCUCGACAGUAACAGUGCUACCAAGUCUAAACUGAACAUAAUAAAGCAUGGCGUAAUAAGAUUGUUUGAUUACCAGGACGAAGUAGGAGAUACUGGAAAUAAUGUGGUAAGUGAUGACAUGUUGGUGUUGUGCUGUGUAUUAUUAGUGUUGAGAGAGCAAGAAUACCGGAAAUUUAAAAGCGGUUAA